AUGUGGGAUUCCAAUGUGAGGCCUGCUGGAAAAGCCAGGAUAAUCAUUCUGUGGGAUCCAAAUAUCUUUGAUAUUCAUAUUAUAAAUAUGUCAGAUCAACAAAUUUCCUGCUCAAUCAAGUCAAAGGAUGGAAAAUUGGAUUCUGUCAUCUCAGCUAUAUAUGGAUUUAAUCAACUGGAGGCCAGGAAGAGUCUAUGGGAUGAGCUUACUAGUAUCAGUCAAAACAUUGGCAAUAUACCAUGGCUAUUGUGUGGUGAUUUCAAUGCCAUAAUCAGUCCUGAGGAAAAAUUGGGAGGAGUUGCUCCUACUAAAACUGACACAGGUGAUUUCCGUAACUGCAUAGAAGUAUGUGCUCUAAGCCAUCUCAAAACUCAAGGAUGUUUUUUUACAUGGACUAACAAGCAAGAAGCUGAUGCUAGAGUAUGGAGCAGACUGGACAGGGCUCUGAUAAAUGAUGCUUGGGUCAAUAAGUUUACCUCUAGUCAUGUUGAGUUUAUGAUGCCUGGAAUUUCUGAUCACUCCCCAGGUAUAAUUUCAGUGUAUGAGGACACCUUUCAAGGGAAAAAACCCUUCAGAUUUUAUAAAAUGUGGAUAAAUCAUGACAGCUAUAUUCCAACAGUCUCUAAGAUCUGGCACCAAUUCAUUCUAGGUUAUCCCAUGUUCUCUGUUUAUACAAAGCUGAAAUUACUCAGAGGGGCUUUGAAGGAUCUCAAUAAGAAACACUUUUACAAUAUAAGUGAACAAGUGCUUGGAGCAAAAAUUGCUUUAGAGGAGGUUCAGGGAAAUCUUCAAGUAAACCCUCUAAACUGUGAUCUUAUUAGGAAAGAAAAAGAAUGUUAUUCCUUAUAUAACAAACUCCUUGACUGUGAAUUAUCAUUCUACAAGCAAAAAGCCAGGAUUGCAUGGAGUUUGCAAGGGGAUAGAAAUACCAGAUUCUUUCAUUCUUUAGCAAAAUCAAAUAUGCACAAUAACAGAAUUGUGGUGCUAUAUAACAGCAGGGGGGAUAAGCUAACUGAUGGUGAUGCUAUUGUGGAAGAAUUAGUGACAUUCUACAGAAAUCUUUUGGGAACAGCAAGUAGCACUCUUCCAGCUGAUAUGGAUAUAAUCAAAGCUGGCCCUUGUCUCAGUGAUUCUCAAAUCAUUAUGUUAUCUAAUCCAGUCACAAAUGAGGAAAUUAAGACUGCAAUCUUUUCUAUGUCUGAGGAUAAAUCACCAGGAUCUUAUUAG